AUGCCCCCUAAGCGCGCUGCGAUGCGUCGCGGGGCGGGGCGUCCCAAAGCAUCUCCUUCGAGCCCAGAGAACUUUGAAACAUUACUCGAUCUAUCACCCGGAAUUCCUCUGCCUAGUGUUCCAACCCAAGCUGCUUUUAGCUACGGCGCUCAAGGCCCAACAGCUCUGCCGCGGCGCAUGCGCAUGGCGCCACGGAACAUGAACCUCACGCAGAUAGCCCGGUCGAUUGAUGCCGGGAUUGACGCCGCUCAAAAGCGAAAUCCAAGUCCGCAGAAGAAUUCUGACCAGGAAAACAUCGAACCCACGGACACUCGGCCUAGACGCUCUAACAGCGGCUCGCCCGUUCGUCGGCCAAAGCGCGAGCCGACUCCUGACCAGACCCAACUGCUGCAGUCCCUGCGCGAUGUGACUGCCACUCCCCCACCUCCUGUUGCUCACACCGUCUCCACCGAGUCUAGUCCUGCUAUUCCGCCUCCUCAGUUACGAAUACAGCCGGAUUCGCCACUAUAUCCGUCACCGUUGCAGCGGGCGGGAUCUCCAAACCAUGAUGUGCAGAUGGGAAGUACGCCUGAUCGUCACAGCUCUGUCGAUAAUGCCUCCGAAAUUUCCUUCAACUUGGAGCGUGAAAUCCACGAGGACGACUUACAGCGAACACGGCCCAGCAAGUACCGUGGGGAGCCACACGGCCGCAAUAUCACAGCACCUCCUCGACGUAUUUCAGGCCUAGCUCUUGUCAACGAGACCAUUGAGGAGGAGGAUGAGCCUGAAUCCGAUCCGGCGGACGAGUCCGAAAGCGUGAAUGAGCCUUCAUCCUAUCUUGAACCUGAACCUGAACCUGAAGUCGAAACUUGGUCUGCGCCUGUGCGGACUGUGAUUCCUCAGACAUUCCGCACUGAGCCUGUCCAUUCCAGUCCUGCAUCCAGGUCUCCAAAGGAAGGUCUGAUCCGUCCAUGGCUUGAAUCAAUGCAACCCGAAACGCGUGGUGACGGUGAGGGCCAACCCGUCUUGCACCGGAACAAAUGGCUUAUGGCACUUGUCACUUUGCUCACCUGCGUGUUUCUCGUGGUCUUAACAACCCAGAGCAGUCUUGCAGAAAAGAUCCGCUCCUCACUAUCCUUCGGUGAGAUUCCCCUUGUGAAUUUCUCGCCCAAUCUGCCGGAAUCCGAACUCGUCUCCGGCCUUCGAAAUCAGGUGUCCCGCAUGAACGUCCAAGUGUCGUCCCUGUCCCGGGAACUGCGGUCUGCUGCAGAACAUGCCCGCGAUCCGUCUCCGACCUACAUCUCGGACGUCGUCCCGCGGCAGCCCAUUCACAAGAUCAACUUCCUCUCGGAAGCAUUGGGGGCCAUCAUUGAUCCAGGCAGCACUACCCCUACCGCAGGCUCAAAAGAACCACUCUUGAAGCGUGUGUUUUUCAGCAUGUUCGGGUUGACGUCCUACUUUCGCGGCCCGUUACCCCCUGCCGCGGCGUUGACCCCGUGGGAAGACUUGGGAGAUUGCUGGUGCAGCGCUCCUCGCAAUGGGGUCACCCAACUGUCGGUGCAUCUUGGCCGAGAUAUUGUGCCCGAAGAAGUGGUGGUCGAACACAUUCCCGCCGGCGCCGCCCUCGAGCCAGGUGUCGCGCCCAAGGAGAUUGAACUCUGGGCGCGAUUCAGAGUCGUCCCGCUCGCGUUGCAUAGUGAGGCGCCGACCGAAUCAUCGUCUGGAUGGCUUCCUGGAUGGUCGUCCCGGAAAUCCCGCCCGAACGAGCCGGCUUCGUCACGCGAGGAAGGACUCGGUGGCUACAACAUUCCGGGCGAGAAAUCGCUUCACGACGUGCUCAUGAGCUCCCUACGCAUGCACAACAUCGAUGAACCCGAGAGUGUGUACUCGGACGACCCAAUACUCGGGCCAAACUUCUAUCGGGUAGGCCAGAUGGUGUAUGACAUCCAUAAACGGGACCAUGUACAGCACUUCCCACUCAACGUGAUCGUGGACGUGCCGACGAUCCGGGCUGACAAAGUGGUUUUGCGAGUGAAGUCGAAUUGGGGAGCGAACAAUACGUGCAUUUAUCGGGUGAAGUUGCAUGGCCAUGUAUAG